CGAGGACGCAAGACAAAGAGAGAGAACCAGACCUCAUUUCCUGUUGGGAAGAAGGAGAAGAUCCGGUGAUGCAGGAACCCAAAGAAGAGGAGGAGACCUCAGCAGGAUACAUCUGGGGUGUCAAGGCUGAGGGAGAAACAUCUGAAUUAUCACUAGAAAAAGAUGAGGGGCAGCUGCAGGAGCAGAAACUGAGGAGUCAAGAUGGAGCAAAGAGACAAGAGGACAGACAAACUCACACCAGUGACAAACCUCUUAUAUGCUUGGAGUGUGGAAAGAGCUUCAGGUGGAGAAACACCCUUACAGUGCAUCAAAGAACUCACACAGGGCAGAAACCCUAUAAAUGCUUGCAGUGUGGAAAGAGCUUCAGUCAGAAUAGCACCCUUACUUCGCAUCAAAGAACUCACACAGGGCAUAAACCCUAUAAAUGCUUCAUGUGUGGAAAGACCUUCAGGUGGAGUAGCCACCUUACUUCACAUCAAAGAAUUCACACAGGAGACAAACCUUAUGAAUGCUUCGAGUGUGGAAAGAGCUUCAGUCAGAAUAGCACCCUUACUUCGCAUCAAAGAACUCACUCAGGAGACAAACCUUAUAAAUGUUUCAAGUGUGGAAAGAGCUUCAGUCGGAGUACCACCCUUACUUCGCAUCAAAGAACUCACACAGGGGAUAAACCUUAUAAAUGCUUGGAGUGUGGAAAGGCCUUCAGGUGGAGUACCACCCUUACUUCGCAUCAAAGAAUUCACACAGGGGGCAAAGCUUAUAAAUGCUUGGAGUGUGGAAAGACCUUCAGGUGGAGUAGCACCCUUACUUCGCAUCAGAAAACUCACACAGGGGAUAAACCUUAUAAAUGCUUUGAGUGUGGAAAGACCUUCAGUCAGAGUGGCACCCUUACUUCUCAUCAAAGAAAUCACAGAGGGGACAAAUCAUAUAAAUGCUUGGAAUGUGGAAAGAGCUUCAGUCAGAGUAGCACUCUUACUUUGCAUCAAAGAACUCACACAGGAGACAAACCUUAUAAAUGCUUGGAGUGUGGAAAGAGCUUCAGUCAGAGUGGCCACCUUACUUUGCAUCACAGAACUCACACAGGGGACAAACCUUAUCAAUGCUUUGAGUGUGGAAAGAGCUUCAGUCGGAGUAGCACCCUUACUUUGCAUCAAAGAACUCACACAGGAGACAAACCUUAUAAAUGCUGGGAGUGUGGAAAGAGCUUCAGUCGGAGUAGCACCCUUACUUCGCAUCGAAGAACUCACUCAGAGGACAAACCUUAUAAAUGCUUUGAGUGUGGAAAAAGCUUCAGGUGGAGUAGCGCCCUUACGCUGCAUCAAAGAACUCACAGAGGGGACAAACCUUAUAAAUGCUUUGAGUGUGGAAAGAGCUUCAGGUGUAGCAGCAAACUUACUUUGCAUCACAGAACUCAUACAGGGGAAAAACCUUAUAAAUGCUUGGAGUGUGGAAAGAGUUUCAGGUGUAGUAGCAAACUUACUUUGCAUCACAGAACUCAUACAGGUGAAAAACCUUAUAAAUGCUUGGAGUGUGGAAAAAGCUUCAGUCAGAGUAGCAACCUUACUUUGCAUCACAGAACUCAUAUAGGGAACAAACCUGAUAGAUACUUGGAGUGUUGAAAUAUCUUUCGUCAGAAUGGUACCUUAAGGCACAUCAAAGAAUCCGUUCAAGGGAAGAGAUGUAUAAAUGCUUUGAAUGUUGAAAAAACCAGAAAUGUUGUUGAAAGGGGUGUGAUCCUGGUUGAAAUGUGUAGCAUGGGCUGCUUCAGAAGGUGGCUAUCUCCCCUUCCUGUAAAGGGUUUUAAGGAGAGGCUGGAUGCUCCCCCCACCUGCCCCCAGGGACAGAUUCACCACCCGAACUCAGGGAUAGGCUAGAUGACCUUUGAUGUCCGUUCCAGGACUAAAAGAGGAAUAAAAGGGACCCUCCUUCUGUGUCAUUCAGAGCAGUCUAGGACUGAAGGAUGCACAUCCAGCAUCUACACCGAUGGAAGUAGGAUACUUGAAACCAGACCAGAACAAUCAACCCUGGGAAGACAACGAAAGCUACAGACAGGCUAUAGGAAAACUCCUGUACAUCGGCGCAAUAACCAGACCAGACGUGGAGGAAGCACUGGGAUACCUUCAGAGAAAAACCAGCUUGCCAACCAAGAAAGGCUGUGAAGCAUUGAAGAGAGUGGCAAGAUAUCUGAAAGGCACCAUAAAAGUAAAACUAAAGCUAUCAGCUACUCAAGAUACUAAGCUUCUCGGAUACUCUGAUGCUGACUGGGCUGGAGACGUCAAAGAUCUCAAGUCAACCAGCGGAAAUCAGUUCUACUAUGGGCAGUCACUUAUCUGCUGGAGAAGUCGAAAGCAAGACACUGUAGCACACUCAUCUACAGAGGCAGAGUAUGUAUCAACUGAUGAAGCAUGCAAGGAAAUGCUGUGGCUACGCAAGCUUCUGGGAGACUUGGGCAUAUCUGAACCAGAGCCUAUCAGAAUACUUGAGGACAAUCAAGCUUGCAUAAGUCUUGUGGAAUCAGAAGGACAAAGUUUUCGGGUGAAGCACAGCAAAGUUCCACUACCUAAACGACAUCUAGAUGUGAAGUUCCACUACCUAAAGGACUUCUAGAGAUGGCCUACCCUUCAACAGAAGAGAUGACAGCUGAUGCAUUUGCCAAGCUGUUGGGCAAACUGUGACACCAGAAGCUAUGAGGCAAGAUGGACCUUGCAGAGUGAACUAAGUUCUUGUUGAGAAGGGGUGUUGGAAUAUGUGGUUCAACUCAACUGGUGGGCUGGGACUGCAUGGGGUUAAAAAGGGUAGCUAGGGAGGAGACCUCCUGAUUGCUAGGCUACUACCUCUCCUUUGAUCUCCUGCUGUCUCUCCCUUCCUGCUAGACUGAUAUUCUCAGGGUGUUGACUACAUCUUUCGGCUUCUUCUUCUUCCUUCUCCUGAGAGACAGAGAUCUGGAUCUUCUCUUUGUCUGCUCUCUCUUCACACAGCAUCAGGGCAAACACUAGGCUUAGUGUUUGCAUCUCCAACUUUGCUGGUUAGCUAGAUAUAGAACUCUUUCCUAUCAAGUAUGUACCUCCAGAAUAAAGUAGUUCUUUCUUAUUUUGAAGCUUAAAGUCUCAGUCUGACUAAUUCCAAGGAAGGUGUAAUAUUUAGCCAGGAUUCAAAACACAAAGCUUACUCAGAUUCUAUAUUUCGCUAAUUUGGCUACUCUGCAACAGCUACAACUCAGUAGAAGCCACGACAAGGCUGUGAAUCUGCGGCUAGAUUGAAGUGGGUCGGGGCAGACUGUGAUGUUCCUGCUUAUAUUGUAAAUAUGGUAAGUGCUGGUUAUUUAGAAGACAUAUGGUAAGUGGAGUGAAAGAGGAGGGGGAGUACAUGAGCAGUAGAAUGCUGGAUGAUUGGCUGAGCAUUUGAAUGGCUGGGAGUAUAAAUGGAAGAAUGACAGUUGAAUCGGGGUGGUGAAUUGGGUGGUGAAUUGAGGAGGUGGAUGGUGUUUGGUGUUGUUGAGAGUGAGUCGGAGUUCUGAGGCAAUUAGUAAGAAGUCAAGUACAUAACAGAAUAUAGAUGAAACCAUAGGCUUGUGAAACAUUCCUUCAGCAAUCUUGUUAUUUCUAAUACUGAAUAAAUAUUUCUUGGUUAAACAAAAGCCUGAUUCCUUCUGCUGGGAAACACAUACCAGGGGGAAUAGCAAAGUAACCAAGGCUGAACAGUUUGUAUGGAAUGGUGGCAGCGGCGGAUCGGAGGAAAGUCUAUCCAGUCCCACAGAGAAACCCAGGGCUGUAAGCUUCAGUGCAAGAGGCUGCAGGAGGGGUUGGAAAUUGCCUAUACCCAUAGACGUGUAGGCCAUUCAGAAGCACU